AAGGGGUUGCAGGAUCACUUAAGAUCUGUCCAGUUAAUUUGGCACCAAAUGUUAAGUUGUAGUUACUGAUAAACAUAUUUCCCAUAGAUCUCUAGACAAAAUGUUUGUUUGGUCUUCUUUCAUUAACUUCAAUAAUCUUCUUUCAGUAAGAAGAGCUGAAGUUUGAACUUAACAAAUGAAGCUAAAAACUGAGAAAAGAGAUUAGAUUCAGUUGUCCUGCCAUAUAAAGUGUCUUAAGUUAUGACUAGGUUGUUACAAUUUUAAGGAAUGUUACUUUUGUAACUGAGCAUGCAGUAACAGUUUUUCAUGCUUGUUUAAAUUUGUUAAAUAGCAGUUUAUCAGACAUAUCCAAAAUAUCUCACAAAAAUGCGUUAAAAACGUUAUGGGACACCAAAGUGUGAGUAUUUAAGGAAUGUAACAGUUUGAAACGCGUUUGACGUCCUUUCCUUUGCGCACGGUCCAGGCGCUGUGAACAAUUUCACCGAAGAAUGUUUACUUAUGCAUAUGUCACAUACAUAAUUACCUUUAUUCCCAACAGGCAGAUGAACAAUGAGGCUAUUAUGCUGAGGUGCUGCCAACCUAGACAGCACUUCGGACAUUAUAGUUGCGUUUCAUGUCCGUUUAUCUGACUCGGAGCGCAGCUGUAUUUCUGUGCAGGCAGGUCAUAGGAUACGAGACACAUCCUGUGUCCAAGACACUUGAGAUGAGUGUUUCGCUUUGAGUAAUUGCACGCAUCAUCACGUCAAAUCUAUUGACGCAAUUAAAUUUUUUCCUAUUUUCCGACGCGACAAUCCCGGAACCCGGGAGCUAUUUUAUUUCUGAAAAAGAAAAAAAAAUCGAGUAAACGAAUAGAAACAGUCAAUUCUCUGACAGAGUCAGUGGAGCGGUUGAUCUUGAGGAUAUUAUGUUCAGCACAUUUGAGAAAUGCCUUGAAUGAGUCGCGAAGGAUUAAAACCAGCAAUCUUAAGAGGAAUUGAACUGCUUGUAUUAUCAUAUACAGUAUAAGACUUCAUCAAAGCUUCAUAGAGGAAAACAGCUCCAUAGUUUUCUUGGGAAAUGACAACUCUCUAGAGAAUCUAUGGAGUGUUAUUUGGAGCCCUCAGUUGAUAACUUGCUGAAUAAGACUCUGCGAACAUGAGGUUAGAAAGAUGAACAUGUCUGAGGAGCAAAUAAACUGCACUAUAAGCUACAAGAUUCACCAGUACCUGUUUUCGGGUGCGUACAUCCUUGUCCUACUAGUGGGUCUUCCCGCCAAUGCUUACUCGCUCUACCAUGCCUGGCUGCAACUGAAAGCCCGAAAUGAGCUGGGGGUCUACUUGUUAAACCUGACCAUAUCCGAUCUGCUGUACCUGGCCUCCCUGCCCCUCUGGCUCCAGUAUAUCUUCCAAGGGGACAACUGGAGCAGCUCUGAGUGGCUCUGCCAACUGUGUGGUUUCCUACUCUACGAGAACAUUUAUGUCAGCAUUGGUUUUCUGUGUUGUAUCUCCAUUGACCGGUACCUGGCAGUGGUCUACCCCUUCCGCUUCAAGGCAUUCCGAACGGUACGAGCAGCAGCGCUGGUCAGUGUGGUGGUCUGGCUCAAAGAGCUUGCUGUAGGAGUGGUGUUCUUCUGGCACAAGGAGCUCAGCAGGGACAGGCAUAACCAAUCUGUGUGCUUUGAGCACUAUCCCAUGAAGACAUGGGAGUACCCUAUAAAUUACUACCGUUUUUACAUAGGGUUCCUGUUCCCUUUGGGAAUCCUCUCCGUGUCAUACUUUCGAGUCCUCCGAGCAGUGGGCAAGAGUGCGGGCACACAGACUGCCCAGAAAACUCGCAUCAAGUACCUGGUGACCAGCACCAUCGUCAUCUUCCUGGUUUGCUUCUCACCAUACCACGUCUUCCUGCUGGUACGGACCAUAUUUGAGCGGGACUGCGACUUCACUGAGAAAAUUUUCAACUACUACCAUUUCUCUCUGUUGCUUACUAGUUUUAACUGUGUGGCGGAUCCAGCACUCUAUUGUUUUAUCAGUGAGAGUGCCCAAAAGGGCAUCCAGAAGGCUCAGGAAGCUUGUACUCGGGUCUUAUGCUGUUGCUUAAAAAGUCAUGGAAGGUUCAACACGCACUCUAUUGAGCUUGCAGUCACCAAUGAUAAUGUUACAGGUACCUCAGUAGUGACACCCUUGCAGCAGAUCAAAACUGACGUUUGAACAUUUAUGUUGUAUUAAUUAAUAACCUAUAAAACAGGCAUUGUACAGUUUAGCUACAAGGCUCUUCAGUGGACAAAGGAAGCAUCAUAGAUGUACAGCUGCAUAUUAUUUUUUAUUUUGCAUUGGUUAGAACAUUAGCCUACUUUGUCAGUCCUGUAUUUUGUUCUAAAAUUUAAUUGUAAUAUUUCAUGGUUUUGGUAAGCUAGCAUGCUACUGUUACUGUACAUGGUGUAAUGCUCAGGGAUUGCUACCUUAAAAAUCACUAGUGGAUGACAUUUGAGGUUUUAGGAACCGAUGAGCUAAAAAUGUUCUGUACUGUUCUAAAUCCCUUUAACUACAUGUGCAUGUAGCAGUUAAAAAUCUGUGUCCAAGACUAAAACUAUUUCUGCUUUCAAACCUCAUAAGUUUCCAGUUUCUUCAAUACUGUACUUCACCCAAAAAUCUGUAAUUAUUUACUCACCCUAAUUAAUAUAGUCUGUUGUUAUCACUGCAAAUAUUUGUUUUUCAGAUGCAAACUUCACAAGUCAGAUUUAGUUACAAAACAUGAGAACCAGUGGCAUUUGGUUCAUUGAUGCGAAACCAGGCACAAUACAAAUGUGAUGAUACUUUUAUGGUGCUUUUAUGUUCUUUUCGGUGUUCAACAGUUCCUGGUUGCUAUAUGCUCUUAUUUUAUGGAAAAUGACAGAAAUUAAAUUUUUGUGUUUCAUGAUAGAAUUUAAGUCACUAAGUUUGGAACAUUGAAGGUGAUAUAAAUGAUAAUAGAUGUUUAAUUUUGGGGUGAACCUUUCUUCUAUACUCACCUUUUACAUGGACAGACAUGGAGCACACAGACGUCUGACAAGCAGAAAAGGUACACGGUGGGUGUAAAGGGUCAAACACCUCCAAACAGACCGUUUUAACCUGGACAGCUUCCCACUGUGGUUUCAUAUCCUG